AUGGCUUCGAUCUUGGUUCUCGAACCACUGCCAAGUCUCUCAGCCCCAGUACUUCCUUCCCAUCUGAAUCCACAUCGACGUCACGCCACCCCUUCCAGCCCCGCCAAAUAUCUCUCAUCGCAAAUCUUCCUUUCUCACACAACACAUAUUUUCCCCGUGAACGGUAGCAGCUCACAGCACUCGACCUUCAUCUUUGAAUUUGUGUGA